GAAUAUAGGAGUUAACUUGAAAAAUUCUAUUUAGUAUGGAACAAAAGAAUAAUAUUGAAUCGCAAUGUGCAUUACAACUUGCAUUUCAAACAAUGAAGGAACGAUGUCAACAACUGCAAGCAAGAUUAUCUAUAGUCGAAGAAGAAAAUAUUUAUCUACAUCAGCAUUAUAAGAAAAAUAAUUCUAUGACAAUAUUAAGAGUAAAUGGAGAAGACCAACAUAUUAUUCAAAACCAACAGGAAAAAAUUGAGGAACUAAGAAAACAAAAAUUACAACUGGUUCAUCAUAUUUUUAUGGUUUCUUCGGAAAAUAGGCAAUUGUGGAAAAGAUUGACUAGAUUGACUAGAACGAAUAAAUCUUCAGGCAAUCAAUUAACAAAAAUUUCUGAUACAUUGAAACAGUAUCCAACGUCAGAAAUUCCUGCAGCUUUAACUUAUAGUUUUAAAGAAAUACCAGAAAUUUUCAGAAAUAGCAUAAUCGAUCAAUCUAAUUUUCCAGAUAAUGAAGAAAAAGAACAUAGUUUAGAAGAAAUAUCUCUAAGGUUAAUUAAUAGUAUUAUGAUAGAAAAGUCAGAGUUAGAGAAGCAAUAUGCCGAUAUAGUGGAAUUACAAUCAAAUACUGAAAUGAAUUUUAAAAAUAUUGGUUUCACCUAUCCAGAAGAUUUACAUACGGAUUCAUUAGAACAUUUAAAAUAUCACGAUACGAAACUUACUGAAUUAAAGGAAGAACUUAUGAUUCAGCAAAAUAAAUUAAAAAAUGCUCUACAGAAUUUAAAAAAAAAGAAAAAGAAUGAAACUUGCAAUAAUUGUAAAAAUAGCAUAACAAAAUUAAUGUGUCAAACUGGAACUCAAUUCGAUUUACAUUGUAGUUUAAAAGAAAACGACGCAACUCAAACCAGUUUUCCUAUUAUCAGUUUAACACCAGAUAGAAAAAUUCAAACUACCGAAGACGAAAAUAUCUGUCCCUUGUGUGGUACUAUUUAUAAAAAAUCUGUUUCAUUCGAGCUAUUUCACGAACAUGUUAUUAGUCAUUUUACAUCAGAAACAACAGAUGGCUUUGAAAUGCUUACCUAAUUAAUAUAUUAAUUAAACAAAAUGAAAACAUUU